AUGUCGCGUCACGCCUCGCAACGUGUUCAGGAAGCGGUAACUGUCAACAUGGCGUCGCAGCAGGGAGAAGUCGACGAGCUCUUCGAUGUGAAAAAUGCUUUUUACAUUGGAAGUUACCAGCAGUGUAUCAACGAAGCGCAGAAAGUCAAGCCGUCAAGUCCGGAGAAGGAAAUUGAGAGAGAUACGUUUCUGUACAGAGCUUACUUAGCCCAGAGGAAGUAUGGUGUGGUGCUGGAUGACAUCAAGCCCAACUCCGCAGUGGAGCUGCAGGCUGUCCGGAUGUUUGCAGAGUACAUGUCCUCUGAAGCCAAGAGGGAUGCCAUUGUGGCCGAUCUUGACAAGAAGAUGACAAAGAGUGUUGAUGCAGCGAACACCACCUUCCUGCUGAUGGCCGCUGCCAUCUACUUCCAGGAGGCAAACACAGACGCAGCCCUCCGCACUCUGCACCAAGGAGACAGCCUGGAGUGCAUGGCCAUGACGAUACAAGUAUUGCUGAGGCUGGACCGACUGGAUCUGGCAAGGAAGGAACUGAAGAAGAUGCAGGAGCAGGAUGAAGACGCCACUUUAACUCAGCUGGCUACUGCGUGGGUCAACCUCGCUACUGGUGGGGAGAAGCUGCAGGAUGCAUACUACAUCUUCCAGGAGAUGGCAGACAAGUACUCGCCAACACUGCUGCUGUUGAACGGGCAGGCGGCCUGCCACAUGGCCCAGAACAGGUGGGAAGAAGCCGAAGGUGUGCUUCAGGAAGCUCUGGACAAGGACAGCAGCCACGCUGAGACCCUGAUCAACCUGAUAGUGCUCACACAGCACCUGGGCAAGCCUCCAGAGGUCACCAACCGCUAUCUGUCCCAGAUGAAAGAUGCUCAUAAAACACACCCGUUCACUAAAGAUUAUUUUGCCAAGGAGAACGAGUUUGACCGCCUGGCCACGCAGUACGGGCCUGGCGCGUAGGAGCCGGAGACGCCUCUGCAUCUCGCCUCAACCGCAUCCCUGGUCGCCAGCUCUCCGUGCCGACGGACACCGUGCAUUUUGCUUCGUCACACAGCAGCAGGGAAUAAACCAAUGUUGCUUUUCUCGUUUGUAUCGCCUCUCCUCGUUACUUGUGUAAACUAAGGGUUCCGUGUUGAGAUUAAAAAUAAACUCUGCAACGGCGCAGCAGAAAA